AUGUCGACUGUUGCAAGCACCACCAAUGUCAGUCUCACUGAAAACGAAUCUCGAUAUAGCCCUGUGUACAAUGUCUUUUACUCUCCCACGGCGGCGUCUGCAGUCAAGGCAUUAAUGGAUGUCGGACUGGGAGAUGUCGUAUACCUGCCUGGGCAAGAGCGCUUUGAAACUCGGAUUGAAUCGUAUUGGUCACGUACCUCGCAACUCAGACCGUGGGCUGUUGUCCAACCUCGGGACACUCGCGAAGUAUCAAUGGCCUUGAAGGCCCUUGUAAAUACUCCUGGAUGUCAGAUCGCAAUUCGAAGCGGAGGACACAUGGCUGCCCCUGGAGCAAGCAGUAUUGAAGAUGGUGUCACUAUUGAUCUCGGCCUCCUCCAUAGCACCAAAUACAACGCUGAAACUAAUCUGGCGUCCCUCGAGCCAGGCGCGCGCUGGGGAGAUGUGUAUGCGGAGCUUGAAAAGUUUAUCAAUUUUGAGGUGGUACUUGCCGAUGGCAGCAUUGUCCAAGCUAAUCGCGAUGUAAAUUUCGACUUGUUUCAGGUAUUAAAGGGUGGUGGCAACAAUUUCGGCAUAGUCACCCGUUUCGACAUGCAAGCAUUCCCAACAAGCCAAGAUGGUAUAUGGGACGCCGUCGUAACUUAUCCCAGCAAGUCGACAGACGAAUUGUUGGCAGCUCACUUCGAGUUUACCAAGGGUUUGAACAAGGAGUCCGAUGCCCAUUUAUUGCCCUUCCUUGACGGCCAAGAGGAUAGCAAGUCUCUGGCGAAAUUCAAAACUAUUUGUGGAUGCCAGAUUGUGAAUGAAGGAUCCACAACGGUAGCUAGGAAAAUGGAAACGCUCGCAACACCUCCAGGAGAAUACACAACUUUUAAUUUACUUCUGAAACUCGACAUGCGGAUCCUCACGAAGAUAUCAGAGACCCACGCGAGCAUAGUUCGCAGUUUUGCAGAACGUUUACCCGAUAGGGAGAUUGCAGUCUACUUCGUAGUCCACCCGUUUCCCGCUUGUUUUGGCCGGAACUCUGCCGCCUGUGCGGGAAAUAUUAUGGGCGUCGAAAAUAUCGAGGACGACUGCAUUCUUCUUCAAGCAUCGCUGGCGACCGACAAUUUACACAGAUCCGCUUACGUCUCAACAUUCAAAGAGGGUCUUGAUGAGCUCGAGGCUUUUUCUCAGUCGAUCGACCAUGAUAUCUCUCAGGACCCAUUGAGCACGUACGGAGAGGACAAUUUCAAGCGAAUGCGGGAAGUGGCUAUGAAGUACGACCCAACCGGUGUCUUCCAAACGAGACCAGUGAUGUCAAGACUGUCAUGGUUUGGCAAUGCUGCCGAGAACACUGCACCGCUAGCGAACAUCGAGUGGCAACGCACAUUUCAUUGUCCUAACUAUGGUGGCAUCAUCGGCAAUGUCGAUGUCAAGCAAGCUCUUCAACAUGGUGCGCUCUAUCGGGGUGAAUCGGCGUGCCAUACCACGAUACCACUCUGGCUCGAUUUAUGUCAGGUGAUAUAUAUGGCUAGCAAGGGUGUUAACUCACUGCUCAAAGUGCGGCGCCCGGCUGCCGGAUACAGGCAGGACAAGACGGGUGCCGUAAUACGUACAGCAUGCCAGGUUUCAAGGUUCACCGGGAAUGCUUGCAUGUAUACGCUGAGAACCGCCAAGUGCCCGAGAAAGCACAUGGCUAUGGAUAUCAACAUUUCCGAAGUUAACAGAAUCGGCGAGGACCCAAGCUGCCUGGACCUCUCGUCAAUAUUCCGCGAUUCCUUCUUUGGGUGGUGCUGUCGCUUUGUCACGGGAGGUAGAGUCUUCAAGUAUCCUGAGGAGACUCAGCCUGCCAUAUGGCAGCACUAUCUUGCCGACGACGAUCCCUUCCUCACAACCAUCGGAGUAGCAGUAACAAGUCCAAUAGUACCUCAGCUGCCUCCAAAGAAUCCUAGAAGAAAUUCUCCGCCUGCAGGAGAAUCGACAUUUCACCAAAAUAGCUAUUUUGCUGAGGAAUAUCAGCAGGCAAGACACCCCCAGUAUCCACCAUUGCCUCCUGAGCCCCCGGAAGAAGUUCGUAUAAGAAAAUCGCGGCGCCCAAGUGAAGAGAGCGUGGGAAGGUCGGCGUGGCUGAACAGCAAGCCGUCGUCAGCAACACUUGUACCAGAGGGACCCUACCCUUCAAACACUGCGGAGACAAGCCGACUUGACAGCUUCGGUGGACAAUCCAGUUAUCGUCUGCGCGAAGACUUCAGGUUUACCCCCAAAGCAGCAAGACUCAGCUACAGCCGCUCCGCUGAGACACUCUUCUCUCCGGCCCUUGAACAUGAGAGGGCCUAUCCCCCAAACAGCCCUAGGGACACUAACAGGAGGACCGGCCAGCCUACAGUGGAGAGAGCUGUUUUGGAACGGAGGAAUUCACCGAUGCAAAAAAAGAACACCCCUGCCAGAGCCAACAACAAGUCUGCCUCUGUGAAACGCUACUUCAUCGGCUUCGAAAUUCUCAAGUUCAUCUCAUUCAAGCGGCCAAGAUUUACCGGAGAUAGGCGUUCAAGACCAAAGCGACGGUUUAGUGACGAGAUUCCUCUGCAAGAAAUUCGGGUCGAUAAAGUAGAUGUUGAAAAGGGCCUAGAUGAUUCCGGAGAAACUUGGGAUUCCAACGAAGUUCUGGUUCCGGACUGGGAAGUUGAUAGAAGAGCAGGCUUUUACAUUGUUGGCUGGUACGGUUCAGACGAUCCAGAGAACCCUCAGAAUUGGUCGGCGGCCACGAAGCUGUUUGUCACUUUCGAAGUGUGCCUUCUUACGUUCGCAGUCUACAUUGCCGCUGCCAUUUACUCCUCGGCGGUCGGUGACAUUGGCCGAGCCUUUGGCGUCUCACAUGUCAUGUCAAUAUCGGGACUCACAGCCUUCGUGGUUGGCUAUGGCUUUGGACCUAUGCUCUGGUCGCCUCUGUCGGAGCUCCCGGCCAUUGGUCGCACCAGCGUCUACAUUUUGACGCUGGUUGCUUUUGUGGCUCUACAAGUGCCCACGGCUCUAGCUACGAAUAUUUCCACCCUCCUCGGUCUGCGCUUUCUGGCCGGUUUCGUGGGUAGCCCAAGUCUAGCGACCGGAGGAGCGAGCAUUGCCGAGAUGUUCACUCCAACCAAAGGUGCCUACGGUAUGGCUCUUUGGGGGCUCUUCUGCAUCUGUGGACCGACGUUGGGUCCGCUCAUUGGAGGUUUUGCUGUCGAGGCAAGAGAUUGGACUUGGGUCUUUCUGAUUGUCUUCUGGAUCUCUUCAUUCACGCUCCUCGUCCUAUUCUUUCUGCUUCCAGAAACAUCGGCUGCCAAUAUUCUGCACAGGAGGGCAAGCCGGUUGCGGAAAUUGACUGGGAACCCUAAGCUCGUCUGCGAAGCGGACAUCGCCUCGCAUGAGCGAGGCGUCACGUUGAAAGAUAUGCUAAUGAAUACGCUUGUGCGACCGUUCACGGUGACAUUCACAGAGCCGAUCGUUCUAGCGCUCAAUUUGUACUCGGCAUUUAUCUAUGGUUUGCUGUAUAUGUGGUUCGAAUCUUUUCCAAUUGUCUUCAUAGACAUAUAUGGAUUCAGCCUUGGGACUUCAGGGCUGAUGUUCUUGGGUAUCUUGAUUGGUGCCAUCCUCACGCUACCCGGGUACUUUUGGUGGCUACACAAGUCUCUUGAGCCCAAAGUUGCGAAACACGGUGACCUGGUCCCGGAGUGGAUUCUACCGCCUUGUUAUGUGGGCGCUGUCUCUUUGCCCGUGUGCUUAUUUUGGUUCGGCUGGACCAGCAGGGCAGACAUACACUGGAUUGUGCCUGUGAUUGGCACUGCAUUUUUCUCGGUGGCAAUAGUUCUACUUUUCAAUGCUCUCUUGAACUAUUUGGUUCUAGCAUAUCCGACGCAAGCCGCAACAGUACUUGCAGGAAAUGACCUAAGUCGCUGCCUCGUGGGCGCAACAUUCCCGCUUUUCGCCACAAAUAUCUAUGAGGGUCUUGGUGUGGCUUGGAAGUGGUGGGCAGUAGCCGCGGACGAAUGGGGUAUGAGGGUGUACCCGGGUGCCGAGUUCCGCAUAACUCGCAUAACUCCGACUGUGCAGGAUUAUUCGAAAGAAAGACUUCUCAGGUUCGCAGCUUCAUGCCAGAACUAUCAGAAGCUGCUCAUUUUCACAUCAGACCUGUUCAAUGUCAAGGACCUAGUAGCUGUCGUCACUGGAGGUGCCACGGCAAAAGCCCUCGAAGAGAAUGGAGCCAAAGUCUAUAUCAUUGGACGACGCAAAGAUGUUUUGGAAAGAGUGGCCAAGACAGAAGCUAAAUUCAGUAACCUCAUCCCCAUUGUAGGCGACGUCACAUCAAAGGCGGACUUAGAAAAGGUGACGAAGCGGAUCUCAUCCGAAGUUGGCUACAUCAACUUGCUGGUGGCCAACGCCGGCACCACGGGUCCAAUGUUCGGUGAUAACAUCUCCAUUUGUGGGCCAGACCAGUCUCCCUUGUCAGAUGUGCAGAGAGAUCUUUGGAACAUCGAUCCAGACCUCUUCCUCAAUACGUUUGCCACAAAUAUUGGUGGUCCUUUCUGGUCCAUAGUGGCGUUCCUCCCGCUUCUAGAUGCAGGCAACAAGAAGGGAAACGUUCUGCAAAGCUCUCAAGUGGUUACAACAGGAUCAGAAGCGGCAUACGACAGAAUUCCUAUUCCGCAUUAUACGUACAGUGCCAGCAAGGCGGGAUUGACCCACAUGAUGAAGCAGUUUGCAACUACCUUUACCAGAUACAAGAUCCGGUUCAAUGUGAUCGCGCCUGGCCUCUAUCCCUCGGAGUUGACAGCGGGCUUCAUCGCUAGUACCGAGAACUUGUCAGACGAUGAGAAAUCGUCUCUUGUAUCACCGUUGCAGAGGCCGGGAAACAUGGAGGACAUGGCUGGUGUAAUCAUAUGGCUUGCAUCUAGGGCUGGCGCAUGGGUCCACGGCAAUCCGUUGCUUGUGUCGUGGCUUUCCCUGAGAGUGAACACCAGUAACCGACUCCCGAAUUUCCCAUGGACCGAGUUGCUGCAUAUGUCACGACUUCAGCAAGUAAUAUUGAGACAAGUCACCAAGUCCUACCGAAGCUGCACGUCAACGGUGUGGGACCUCAGAUUAGCGGCUCUUUACAAGACGGGCCAGGAGCUGAUCUCAGGUUUCCAAGAGCGGUGA